CGAGUGUCCGAAUCACAACAAACACAAUGUCCAUUUUAAACGUCCCGCGCUGUCACUCGUCCAGCGCUAUUUCGAGACGCUUUGCCGUCUAUUUGUUUGACCGCCAUAAAGUGACAUUUCGCAGCACGCGUGAUGUUGAAACUGAAAAAUCUUAUUAAAAAAUCGAGUGACUGGUGCUGAAUUUACUUGACAGUGAUCCGAAAACUGAUUUGUGUGUGUUGUAAACAAACGUGAACUCGAAUACACGUGAAUUUCGCAUCCAACUCCAAAUUCGGUCUUGGUGUGAAAUUGAAAUUCUGAAUGUCAUUCGUUCGGUUUACCGAUUAAUUUUGUACCGGGAAUGUUGGAAGUGGUCGUGAUUUUGCGGUGAACGAUGUUUUAAAAGACUUGUGCGAUUGUUACGUAAAAUUAUUUUUGGUUUGACGUUAACUGUCAACUUUGAAAAUGAGAGUCCAUCGCGAGAGGUUCCAAUCCAGCAGCAGCACCGACGAAAAUGAAUCGGGUUCCGAGCACGACGAGCACUUGCGCCAGGCCCAGCUCCAGAACCCCAAUUUGGCGACGCAAGUGAGAAAACGUCGCGGGAACCUUCCCAAGCACUCGGUGAAGAUUUUGAAAAGAUGGCUGUAUGAGCACAGAUACAACGCUUAUCCCAGCGAUGCCGAAAAGUUAACUCUCUCGCAGGAGGCCAAUUUGACCGUGUUACAGGUAUGCAAUUGGUUCAUCAACGCCCGCAGGCGCAUCUUGCCCGAAAUGAUCCGCCGCGAAGGGCACAAUCCUUUGCAUUAUACCAUAUCACGAAGGGGCAAGAAGCUGAGCAGCGUUGGCAACGCGCCAGAGCAGCCCAAGGCGAACUGGAAUGAACAGCUACCAACUGGUCCAGGAAAGAGGAUUAGAUUGGACCAUGAUUAUGAGGAGAAUAUCGCCUUGAUCUACAGAUCUGAGGAGGACAGUCCUAAUGACUAUGAGAGCUCCAGUCCCAGCGAAGAGGAUAAGUACAAUCCCUGGCAGAGCCCCAUCCAAUACACCAACACUCCCAAUCAUCAGGAUGAUGAUUAUCUAAUAAAUAGGGGCUCCAACGCCAACGAGUUGUGGGAUUUGACUCCGCAGUUCGUGCAGGUGCACAACGUAAAUGAUCUUUCUGAGCUUCCUAACGAAUUGGCACAGUCCGCCGACCUUGCCGGCUCCGACAUGGAGGAGAAGGACGAGGAUAAAGACAAAUUCAAGUGUCUGUAUCUGUUGGUGGAGACUGCUGUUGCGGUGCGACAGAGAGAGAAAGAGCAGGGACACACUCAAGUAUAGUCUAUUAUAUCAGUUUUGUGCCGAGCGUGCCUUAUAAAUGUGCUCAACAUGCUUUUUACAACAACAAACUUUAUGUUAGUCAUUUUUGUUUUCGCAGCUACAUUUUUCUUUCGUUUGUUUGUUGUUGCGAAAUAGCUGAUUUUUAUUUAUAAGGUUUCUGAUGUGUUGUCUGUUUUUAAGCUUGUAGUUUCUAGACUGUAGUUUACAUAUUCUCUUUUAAAAAAUUCGGUAAGUUGUAGAGCCAGAGUGAUAUUAUCGGAAAAUGAUAAUUUUGUAUAAUCGUCUUGGGUUUGAAUUUCAUAUUGGACACGGCAUUUUUGAUCGUCUCAUCAAGUAAAUAAAUCAUUAAAUGAAUAAACAACACAAAUUUGUUUGUGUUGACUUUUUAACAUUUGGAACUUACCAAAAACUUUUAACAAAUCCUUAUUUUUACCAUCAAAUGGUUACUAAUUUAAUAAAGGUUGUAUGAAAGUCAAUUUAGUUCCUAAAAUAAAUACAGUUUUGUUGUCAGAAUAUCUUCAGGGUUACUGGUGUACAAAAUAUUAACCAUAAAAAAUAAUUCAGAGUGAAUGUAUGUUUUAAAAAUACAGUUAGGAUUAUAUGAAUUGGUUACAAUAGCCCUGUUUCAAAAUGACUUGUGAAUUGUUUUUGUGUUGAGCGCAAUAAUUUUCAUUUUUGUUAAAAUGCUCCACAACAGACUGAAAAUUCAUUUAGUGCUUAUUAGACUGACUAAUGAAAACAAUAACAAGCUUCUGUUUAAUGGUUAAUUUGUAAAAUUUGAUAUGAUUCAACAAUGAACAUUUCCGUUUAUUUUAAUAUUUUAAAUGUUUUAGAAAAAUCAAAUUCAACUCUGUGGGUUGUAUCCUUUAAUUUUCAUUCCAUUGCAAAUGAUAUAUGGGAGAAAGGUAGUUCAAUGUUACAUUUUAUAUGGUGAUUUAAAAUGCAAAAUUUUCAGUUACCUUUUUCUCCAUCACGUUAACAAGUUUAUUGAUUAAACUUGGCAAGAUGGUCAAGUGAUAGUAAUCAGUAUUUCUAGUCCCUUAUUACCAAAAUCUGUUCCUUAGAAGUAUAUAGAGACUUAUCGACUAGGUUUUUAUAAACUUUAAAUCACAGAUUAAUUUGCCUCAUUUAUAUAAUUAAAAAUAUUCAUAAAGUGAUCAUUUGAUUAGACAUUUUGUGUGAACCCUAAAUAUCACUUAUUACCAAUUUGCCUUGUUUACCUGUUAACGAGAAAUUUUAUUUAUAUUACAGUAAUAAUCAUCAAGCCAUUCUUCAUUUAAUUCUAGAUGUUUAGUUGUUGGUAAAAAACAUGUGAUAUUAAAUUAUUGGUGAUAGUCAUAUAUAGUAAUGGUAACAUGACAAUUUUUAUAUUACAAAUUAAUUUCCUAGUAAAGUGCCAUAACUUUGAUGAGACGAUCUAUUGUGUACUUAGGUUUGAUCUGAUGUGCUCCUGAAUAUUAUUUGAAAAUUUAAAAGUACCUGUUUCGCAUUUUAAGAAUAUGAAUACUACUUAAAAUUUGAACUCGAUUAAUAACACUACAUUUAUGUAUUAUAAAUGUAAAUUUUGUACAUCAGAUUUUGUAUGUUACAAUACUGUUUAUAUUAUAGUAUUAGAUUAUUUAGUUUAACUCACUUAGAUUUAGAUGUUGUUACAGAAAAAUUUACUGUAAAUUGUUUUUUUAUGAAUAAAGAUGUUUAUUUCUAUCGUUUUGUAUGCAUAUUUCUUCAUAACGUAAAAUUACAGGUGUUGUCUACGUUUGUUGAUAUAUUUUUGGAAGGUUUAUAUGGAAAACUAAGGAUAUUUAUCAAUGUUAUUACUAAGCAUGAAUGUUCUUCCUAUAGAAACUUAAAGAUUGAAAUUUUAAUCGCACAUAUUUUAUAUUAAAUAUGAAUAAAUUUGAAGCUGCACGUAGAUUUCUUCAAGUUUAUUCGCCCAACAUUAAUGAUCAUUUUCUGGAUAUUUCUUGUUUAAUAUUUAAAGCAAUACAUCCACAAAAAUACAAUAGUUGUAAGGGUCAAGUAUACAAAUUUGCUCAAUUGGGAUCAGUACAAAAAUAAUUUUGUAUUUUUUUAAUAAUCUAAAACUCUAUUUCAUGUUAACAUCUAUUUAAAUAUGUAUAUUUUAGAUAUAAGUAGUUGAGUAGUUUGUAUAAUCAUAGUCUAUUUUUAUGAAACUGUCUUAUUGGUCAGUACAGAUUGCUGAAGAAAUAUGUAUGACAGAAUUUACACUGCCAGUAAAAUGGAUAAUGACUAAGAGGAUCAACAACAUUCAUUAUCAUAUUUACGUAUAUAUUGUAUAUAAUCUUUAGAGAUUGUUAAUAAAGAUGUUUAAAAAUCUUAA